CUUGUCUGUUCAGAAACCCAGUAAAACUCCACCCACUUUAUCUCUGACAGAGAACUUCCUGUUCUGGCUUUGCACUCUAAUCACGUGACACAUCAAACAUUAACUUGGUUCUGAGAUUGGUUCUUGUGACAUACAAGUAGGAGAGGGUGAACCUGAACCUCUGCGGGGAGAAAAGGUGCCAUGGCUGUUGGGCCUCAGGGCUGCCACACGCUUUUCCUGGGCCUGCUGCUCUGCGCACUGAGCCCCACCGUGUCUCAUGCUGGGAAGGUGUUGUUGGUCCCAGUGGAUGGGAGCCAUUGGCUGAGCACGCGUGGGGUCAUCCAGCAGCUGCAGCAGAGGGGACAUGAAAUAAUGGUCCUGGCACCAGAGGCCUCGGUGCACAUCAAAGAAGGAGCAUCUUACACCUUGCAGAGGUACCCUGUGCCCUUUGGAAGGGAGGACUUGGUUGCAUCUUUUGUGGAUCUUGGGCACAACGUUUUUGAGAACAAGCCUUUCCUGCAGCGUGUGAUCAAAAUAUACAAGAGAGUCCAAAAGAACUCUGCUCUGCUUCUAUCUGGCUGUUCCUACUUACUGCACAACAAGGAGCUCAUGGCCUCCCUGGCAGAAAGCCGUUUCGACAUCAUGUUGACAGAUCCCUUCCUUCCCUGCGGCCCCAUCCUGGCUCAGUACCUGGCUCUGCCUACCGUAUUCUUCUUGAAUUCACUGCCGUGCAGCCUGGACUUUCAGGCUACCCAGUGUCCCAACCCGACAUCCUACGUGCCUAGGCAUUUCUCCUUUUACUCAGACCACAUGACCUUCCUGCAGAGAGUGAAGAACAUGCUCUUUACCUUGAUGGAGAACUUUCUGUGCAGUGUGGUUUACUCUCCAUAUGCGCUCCUUGCCUCAGAAUUCCUUCAGAGGGAUGUGACUGUCCAGGACCUUUUCAGCUCUGCAUCUGUCUGGCUGUUGAGAAAUGACUUUGUGAAUGAUUACCCCAGACCCAUCAUGCCUAAUAUG